AUGCUUCCCUGCCCGGUGACUUCAACGCCGUUCUCGGUGAAGGAUAUAUUAAAGCUGGAGCAACAGCAGAACUAUGUUUUCAAUCAGCAAGCGACCUUGCCCGAACUAGAUGUCCCUCCGAUGCAGUCUCUCCAGUGUAUGCACAACGCGCUCAGCCGAAGUCUGGAUUUACUGUACAGCCCAGACAAGCCUAACUUUACCGCCGGUGAACAGCCGAGAUGCGGAAUGAACUCAGAUGAUGACAUGCUCCGAGGCUGUGGUUCCCCGACAGAGGAUGAGGCUGAUCUAAUUGAAGACUCAGGCGCAUGUGGUAACGACAUUUUGAAUGGCAAAGUCAGGAGGGAGGACGGCAGGCCAAAGCAGAGGCUGCGCCGGAAGCCGCGCGUGCUGUUCUCUCAGACGCAGGUGCUGGAGCUCGAGCGGCGCUUCAACCAGCAGCGCUACCUCUCCGCGCCAGAACGGGACCACCUGGCCACCCUGCUGAAGCUCACCUCUACCCAAGUAAAAAUCUGGUUCCAGAACAGACGGUACAAGUGCAAAAGACAGAGGCAAGACAAAACACUGGAGUUGGCCGGCCACCCGUUACCUCCUAGAAGGGUGGCGGUGCCAGUAUUAGUGCGAGACGGAAAGCCCUGUCUUGGCGCAACGCAUGCGACACCAUACAAUGUUACAAUGGGCUCAUAUACGUACAACACUUACUACAGUGGCUACGGCAACAAUCCGUACAGCUGCAACUACGCAGGUGUGUCGCCUUUGGUGAAUACUGCGCAAAGUCCUAUUACUGACCUUAGCCUGGGAAUGAGCCAUACAGAAGGGCCCAUGAGCCAGCAAGGACCCUUUCAAAGUUCCCUCCCGGGCAUCAGGGCAUGGUGA